AUGGCCUUCAAAGGGGAAGCGAUAGUUAAAAAAAGAAAUGUACUUCAUUUGAAGGUUGAACUUAAUGCAAUGGAAUUUAAAAUUCAUGAUGAUAACAAGGUAAAAAGGAGAAUCUCGCGAAGGAUGUUUAAUGUUUCGAGUCGAGGUCGGAGUUAUUGGAAUGAUUCCAUUGAAAUGGGUGGUGGUAGUGAUGGUUGUGGUGACUUUUAUGACAAAACUGCACACAAAGAGAGAUUUGCAAUCUUUGUAAUCAGUCAAAUUGAAUUUAAUUUACAUACCUCUAGGUCUAAGUAA